AUGGAAGAAUGAGUGGCCUGCAUAUAAGGCUGUAGCCUGGGCUGCAUCUCUGUCCCAACAGACCAGGGAGCUGAUUUCGGUGACCUGUGGGACUCCUUCAUUGGUAUCUUAAUUGGAGUUGUUAAUUUGAUCUUUGACACAACCUUUCUGGACAGGAGGCCAGCAAACACCAAGCCUCAUGGCCCGCCUCCCCCGAAAGGGGGGCCUAAACAGGCAAUACAAAAUGCUGUACACCAUCGGCAAGGGUGGAUUUGGCUCUGUACAACUGGCCCUCCAUCGCCUCACAGGUAUGCCCGUCGCAAUUAAGGUUGUAGAAAAUCUGAAGAAACACCUGCACCUCGUAAUAUCAGAGAUAGCAGCACUGGAAACCGUGCAACAUCCACACAUCAUUCGCCUCUUCCAGGUUUUAACGACCACAAAAUACUGCUACAUAAUUACUGAAUAUGCAUCGGAAGGCAAUCUGUACGAACUGGUCAAAGAAGAAGGCAGGCUGCAGGAGGACCGGGCACAGAUAAUAUUCGGGCAGCUCGUGUCAGCCAUAAAGUGCUGCCAUGACCAUGAUAUCGUCCACCGAGACCUGAAGCCCCACAACAUCCUGCUGGAUGCACAGAGAAAUGUGAAGCUGGGAGACUUUGGCCUUGCUAUCAGAUGCAGAGCUGGCGCUGUGCUGCAGGGGCGCUGUGGGACCAAGAGCUACAAUGCCCCGGAACUGGUUCUGGGGGAAGGCUACGAUGGGAGGAAGGCAGACAUGUGGAGUCUGGGUGUGUUGCUCUAUUUUAUCACCACUGGGCACCACCCCUUCAGAGGAAGCACCCUGGAAGAGACCGAAAAGAACAUCACCAGUGGAGUGUAUGACAUCCCAGCUCACAUCUCUGGGCAACUUGAAAAUCUCAUACACCAAAUUUUAACAGUUGCCCCAGAGAAGAGGCCCUCCAUUGAAGACCUUCAGAAUCAUCCAUGGGUCGAGAACCCUAAAGAAAAAAUCUCUAGUGACCGCUACCCAGAUCCUAAAAUUAUUGACAAGCUGUUUGACCAUGGGUUUGCUGCCAACGAGAUCUUUGAUUCACUGCAGAAGCGGAAAUAUGAUGAGAUAAUGGGGACAUACCUGAUACUAGAAGAACAGCUACACCAGGGGCUUGACUCCCCCUCAGUCACUAUGGUAGACCCUGACCCUGCACCUCCACCAUCUCCGGUACUUCCUUUAACAUCUGGUCAUUACCUAAAAAGAAGAGCCAGUGAGCCCACCUUUGGCCUUUUCCACACCAAGCCUUCACAGCAGCACCUGCCUGAUGUCCCGACACUAUCAGGGCAGAAGAUGACCAGAAGUGCCUCCAUGCCUCUGUGCUGUCCCCAGAAAAGCCCCACUUCUAGCUCUGCCUCACUGACCAAGGCUGCAUCUGCCCCAUGUGCCUGCAGCAGCAGGUUAGAAGAAGAAAUGCCCCUCCCACCUGGACCUGACUCUAACAUGGAGAAAUCAUGCCCCCCUCAGAACAUCGGGUGCUUCAGGGGACUGUGCAGGAGAAUCAGGGCUUGCCUCUCAAGGUUGUGUUGCUUCCCAAGGGCUUCAAAUCCACAAACCCAAUGAGUGUUCAACACAAAGUGGCUCCCUUGAAAGAGUCAGGAGGCAGACCCAGUGAGGAAUUGGUCAAGUUGUUCAGAUGUCUACACAAUCUGGAUUGAAACCUGGAACUUAGCAUACCUCCUCAGGAAAAAAAUCCUCCAGGUGGUAUCUGAUGCAGCUGGACUAGCAAGAGGCAGCAAAACUGGGAUCAGUAAUGGGACAGGGAAUGUUGAUCUGUUGUCCAUAGGGAACAGAUGUCCAGACUGGAAGACUCUGCUUAGGGAUCCAGUGACUGGCAAAGUGACAAUGGUCAAUCCACAAAGGGGCCAAUCCAAUGUCUCCCUACAGUUCCUCUGCACAGGCAGAGAGAGUGUGCUGAGCUCACAAGGCCUGACAUCACAGUGUCAAGGCCAACAUGAGGGGGACGAGCUGGAUACUCAGUUCCUGUGUGCCCUGCAAGCCCAGUCUAGAGCAGAUGUUUGCAGGGCCAGAGGCCUCUCCACAGCAGCAUUCUGGGAGCAUGCCCUUAAGAGACAGAGUUACCUACUAAGCAUUUAUCCCUUUUCCAACCCUAAGUCUUCCAAAUCUGAGAAGUCUGGAUGAGGGAUUUGUCAGAAGGGUCAUGACCUAUGUCCCUGUGGUAUCAUGGAUUUAUUUCCUAGUUGUUAGGUCUCCAACUACAAAAAAAAAAAAAAAAGUGGAUUAUUGUAGCUGAAGCUCAUGCAUGGCUGUAACGGAACUCGGCCGGAAGCACGAAGUAAAAUUUCCUGACCUGAGCAAGGGAUGGAGAAGGGAGCGGAUGCUGUUGUGCAUGGGGAACAAAUGUCCAGAUGGGAUCAAUGUGAUGAUCUGGUGCCUGGCAGACGGACUGUGGUCAAGACUAAAGGGGUCACUUCGAGGUCUCCCAGCAGUUCAGAUAAACAGAUGGAGGUGCUUAUAGCUAAGAGUGGGGCGUCAGGCAGGUCUGGACAGCAACAUCUGAGGAUGAGAGUUUGGAUGCUUAGUAUCUCAGGCAGCAUGCCCAGUCUAUGGACACCGACCAACACAGGAAGGUGAUAGAUUGCAGCGCCACAGGACUCUUCAUGGCGAACUAACUCCAUUUUCCAGUACAGAGGGUGCUGUGAUAGCCAUCCUAAGCACCUGAUGAACAGGAAGACGGUCUGUGAGAAUGACUUCAAGCCCUCCAUCUGAAGACCAUAACAAUAGUCUUCUCAUAGGACACUAAUGGAGCCCCUUUUUCUCUCCCUUCUUUCAUGCAUUGUCCAUAAGACAAUUCCUCCCCAUGGUCAACUAACCCUCUUCCAGAUGAUGGGAGAACCAGUUAGAGAGAGGAUUGGGGCAUCUCUGUCCUCGUCUGUCUGCAUGAACGAUCAGGAUGUGGGCAGUCUCUGGAGGGCCUUGCCAUUGAAGGAUGACCUGAGCUGGGACGUUGUCACCAUCUAACACAGAAGACCUUGUGUCUACACACAGUAUUGUUGACAAAGCUAUUCUGCUCUUUGAGAUGAAAUGCUGAUUCACCUGGCUCCAUGUAAACACACCCCAGUCUGCCCUUCUGGGUUCUACUGUCACUAUGGUGGCACUAAGACAAGAAAGAUUUGACAGGAGGAGGUUGAAAGGGAAGACAUUGUGAGGCGCAGCUGCAAUGGAGAAGAAGACAGUGAAAACACUAAUCCCCUCUUCAGACCCACGUUCUUCACUGGUGUCCUCGUAGUGACAGCUCUGUCACCAAGAAGGUGACAUCUUAUUCCCUGAACUCCUUCAGCUUUCGUUCUCAGUCUUCUAGACCUGAAAAGCCUGCAGGAGGUCCUCUCCAGACUCUUUAGUGCAUGGCCUUAUGACCACUGUCCCUGCAUGACCUUGGGAUUUUGUUCCAGGUGUGGGAUGUCAGACAGAGCUGAGCUCAUAAUUCUAGCCAUGCAGCCUGUUCCUCACUCCCUGGGCUGUGCUUGCUCCAGGCCUCCUGGAGCAUCUUGGUAUCAAUCCUCCCCUCCAUGGGCCCGACUCCAUUCUUACCUCCAAGCAGUAAGAGUGAAGAUCAUGUGACCACAGCUUCUGGCUGCCUUUGUGCAAUGGCGUGAGCUGUUCUUUUGUCAGCUGACAUUCAGUAAACAUGGCGGUGUGUCAGGCCCUCAGAAGGGGCUGGAUGCCAGGAUCAUUAGUCUGAUGGUCAAGCUGCACCAAGGAGCUGGGAUGCUGGCAGGGUCCAGGAUCAUCAGGAAGACCAAGCUGGUGAGAUGUCACCGCCUGUGGGUCUGAACUUCAGCAAAGGAGGCAGACACUGUGAGGCUGCCCUGAUGGGGACAUUCUGGGCUGGAGUCACAUCAAAGAAUUGUGCACCAAGGUCCCUAUUCCUGGCUGCCAAGGGCAGAAUGAACACAAAGUCACACUGUGUCUGUAUGCUGUGUGUCAGGACCAAUGUCCUGGAACUCCCUAAAAUCGUUGCUGUUGCUCCUGCUGCCAAAAGCUUGGCCAUGUACUAAAAAACAUGAGUUUUCCAGCUUCAAAUGAGGAAAUUUCUGUCAGAGAAGACAGUGCCUAGAGUUGACAUGGAAGACCAGCUCUGUCUGGCUCAUGUCAAGUUGUGACGCCCAUCUUUCCUGAACAGUUAGUGACUCCAGUCCACAUCCCUACCACUAGCCUAUGCUAGCCUGGAUGUAGCAGUCAGUCAAUAUCAGCUCCAUGUUGGUGGAGGCCCUGAUGGACACGAAGCAAUGCCAGCACUUGUUGGAGAAGUCAAUGAUGGAUCUGAGGAGUGGGAGCCUUGGCCCCCAGAUGUGCUGCUCUCCUUCCCUGGAUGCCAGUCUGGACAACGAGACCAUCUCUGUCCCUCAGAAUUGUCUUGGUUGUUGUUUUGGGGAACCCUCAACCUCUUGGCUUACUUCUCUGACUUUAGAUCUUAUUGAAUCUUAGUGUCCUAGUCCACUUACCCUUUUCUUUAAGCCUGGUUUAUUUUACCAGAACUUUCUCUAGCUGUAACUGUAAGUAUGUAACAUUUUAGAAGGCUGCUAGUCACAUUAGCAUACUCAGAGCCCUUGCCCAAGGGUGCUCUUGCUCACAUGUGAGGAGAGCAAGCCAGGAACUUUAACCCUUACUCAGGGAUGAGAAUAAACUAGAGCACAGAGCAUGACUUCCACAGUGUGGUCCCUGAGCCCGGAAGCUCCUGACUCCACUGUCUAAGCUCCUUGGUUUAUUCUGUAUUUGGACCUUUUCCACUCCUUGCUUGGCAGUGUCAACUGACGCUUCAACAAAAACUGCAGUCCUGACAGGCAGGAGCAGGGUUUCCAGUGGGAUCUUGACCCAUCUUGGUUCUCCUGCCUUUCAUUCCUGCCUUCACCAAUACAUACAUGACAUCACUCCAUAGGUCUCGUCUGUUCCUAUGCCCUGCACUCAGUGAGGAGUUUUGAAACAAUUAUAAAAUAAGGAAAUACAGGGUCUGGAAUCUAUGAGAAAGCCUGAAUCAGACCCAUGAGGCACCGGGAAAACAACAACCUGCUCAGUUCUAAGACUGUGAAGAGAUGAAGACAGACAGGCCAAGGAGCCGCUGUCAGAAAGGCUGGUGGUAUGAGCACUCAGAUAUUCACUCUGGAAAGGAAAGUCAAGCCAUGAAUUGCCCAUCCAAGGGUCUUUUCUCAGAAGAUCACCAAGGACAUCAUUUUUAGAUGCAGCACCUUGGCUUAUGGUCCAGACCUCAGUCACUUCUCAGACCUCUCUCCCUCGUGGAACACAUCCAGACAGUCACCACGACCAGUGUCCCACCCAGUACAGCUCUAAGUGAGUCAGCACUCGCUACACAGGUAGGGUGGGAAGCUUUCCUUUGUAGCCUCGCAGCCAUUCUUGGUCUCUUCCGUACACUUUCCUGGUAAACUCAGACCUAGGGGAUGUUAUCCCAGGAUUUCCCUCCCUUGUCAGUCCUCACAGCUUCCAGCACGAUGUCCUUUGCAUUUUCAGGUGAGCCUACGCACCAGCUGCACCCAUCAAAUAGAGCAGUUAAACCACACUGCAUUUGUUUCCUGAACUGGUCCAUGGCUCACCUCUGCGCUGCUCAGGAGACUUAAUGCCUCUCUCAAUCUUCCGGGGUCCCCUUGGUGAGAUGACACUUGGAAGGGGAUCAGAGGUGGAAGGUCCUCUCUUGAGCACCCUAAGGGAGCUUAGCUGUUGAUGCACACAUGGAGGGAGACCAUAUUGGGAACUGGCCUUCGUGGAACCCCAUAUCUUCUAGGAAUGUAAAAUGAGACUGGGGUUCCUCCAAAGUGGCUGUAUUCCAUAUUUUCUCACAGCAGAGAGUGUCUUUCUGGAUUUUACAUGGGAGUUUGCCUUCUUCUAUAGUCCUGAGCUGGCUGUCAUACAGCAUAUGCUGGGAGAUGGGAGUGUUAAACAAGAAAGCAGCCCACUCCUUCUGGCCCAACAGGGAACCACUGACCGCCUGACUGCCGAUUCUUUCUGCUGCCUGGAGAUCCCAGAUACUUUUGAGUUUAUCGGGUGGGGAGCACGUGGGCUAGAGGGCAGCUGUGGUGUCUGAGGCAGAAGUGCCGCCACUUCCUGCUCAUCCUGCCCUCCUCCUACCCCUGCUCUCUGCCUUCACAGAAUGCUCUGCUGUUCUUCAAGCUUUCCCAGUCUUCCUGGAGAACUCAAUCUGCCUGGUCAUUAAAACCUCCUGCAGAGCAUAUGACCUGGACACAUGUUCUGGGACAGAAGGAAGCCUGGAUGCUGCUGCCAUGAGCUGUCAGCUGGCAUGUACGCUGGAUAGAAGCGGACUGGUUUGUGGGCUUUUCCUGACGUCAAGGUGACUGUGCAUGAGAACAUUCCUCCUUUUAUCAUCUUCAGUAAACUCAUCAACCAGAUGCUGGAAUUCAUGUGCCAUCUCUGAGCCCUCAUGCCCAGUCCUGACCCACGUGGAGCUCUGUCAUCAUUGGAGGAAUGGGUCCAGGCUGAUUCAAGACAAACAUCAUCUAUGCAACUUUAUCAAGAUGUAAUAAGAUGAUCUCAGCACUUUGAUUCAGCUCUGACACCGAACAUCUUAGCCUCAAUGAUGUCCCCAGGUUAGCAUAUGGAUGGCAGCUGAGAGGCCUGGCUAAUGUAAGGAUGGAUCACAUCUUUAGGAAGCAUUUGAAUAGCAUCUUCAAGGAGGAGAAAGGUGCAAGGAGAAAGGCUCAUCAAGUUGCAAGGAUAAAGGAUCAUCAGGCAUUCCAGGGUACAGACAGCCUGACUGCCUGCAGUCAGAGGUUACCUCAGACUCCUAGAAGAGGCAGAGAGCUCCUCUCCACAAAGGAGAAGAGCCGGAAGUAGCCCCUUGUUGAAGCUAUAGUCUUCCAGGACUAUGACGGCGAAACUUUUAAACUCUGUGGACACAAGAUUCAGAAGUAUUUGUCCAGCCAUGUACAGUCCUUCUCAUAUCUCACGUGGCAUAACUGCCAGUUAGACCUCGCAAGUGUCGUGUGCUGAGAGUGUCCCACGUGACACGCCAGCAAAGGGGGACUUUCUGUCCUUUACAGGGUCUGGAAAUAGGCUGGACACACAGUCUAUAUUAAAGCUGCAGUUCUGUA